AUGUCAUUCCAAAAAGUCGAGCUCUACGGCGGUGCCAUGACCGUCGACCUCCCCUCCAACUUUGCAGACGUCAGCCAAAUCAGACAAGUACCCGAUAACCAAGAAGUAUACCUGGACAAAGAUGGCCUCUCAAGCAUUGUGUUCGAUAUCUUGGAGCGAGUCGACAAACCUGAUCUCGAUGCUUCAAAGUAUCAUCUAGAAGAUGUCGUCGAGGAUGAUAUGAAUGCAACAAAACUCUGGACUUCGAAUUCUGCCGUGUUGAGUGAAUUGCCACCCCAAACACCAGCCUACACCCUCUUUGCCACCCACACAGCAUCUCCCGAUGCCAUAUCCCGCGGCAAAGCCCCCGACUUCACCGGCAUCCUACUCACCCUGAUCCGCUUGGAAGCUCAGCAAACCGACCUAGUCAUCUGCGUCAACGUCCCUCACGUCGACGGCGAAUACAACAAAGACGACGUGGACCCCUCGGCUGGCAAACAGGGAACUAUGCUGGACGCAGCAACUGCCUUCCGUGAUCGCAUCUUGCAAACUUUUGAAAUCAAGGACUGGGAUCUGUUUGUUCAGGAAUGA